GUGGGGCGAUCGGGCGAUGCGGUGACGUCAGUGUUUGGGGGCGCUGCCAUUGGCGGCAGCGGGGUGACGGGCGAUGUGGCGCGUGCUGUGCCGGGCUGUUACUGGGAGCCUCCGCGGAGCCGCCGUCCCUCAGGCGCGUUGUUGCCGCCGUCGCGUGUGGGGCUGCCGUCAGCCGCUCGCGCCCGCCGCCAGCCUGUGCGGGGAGAAGUCCCGGGCCGAGAGUAGAACGUGUGCUACCGUCAUGAUGCCUGAAGUAAACACAGAUCACCUGGAUGAGCAGCAGGUGCAGCUCUUGGCAGAGAUGUGCAUCCUUAUCGAUGAAAAUGAUAAUAAGAUUGGAGCAGAUACCAAGAAAAACUGUCACUUGAAUGAAAACAUUGAUAAAGGUUUACUGCACCGAGCUUUCAGUGUUUUCUUAUUUAAUACAGAAAAUAAACUGUUGCUGCAGCAGAGGUCAAAUGCAAAAAUUACCUUUCCAGAUUGUUUUACCAACACCUGUUGCAGUCAUCCUCUAAGCCAUCCACUAGAACUGGAAGAAAAUGCUGCCAUCGGUGUUCGGAGAGCAGCACAGAGACGACUGAAAGCAGAGUUAGGAAUUCCCAUGGAGCAGGUAACUCCAGAAGAAAUCUCCUACCUGACACGAAUUCACUACAAGGCCAAGUCUGAUGGCAUCUGGGGUGAACACGAGAUAGACUAUAUCUUAUUUGUGCAGAAGGACGUAACACUGAAUCCAGACCCUAACGAGAUCCAAAGCUACUGCUACGUGACGCAGAAAGAACUGAAACAGCUCUUGGACAAAGCCUCCAAGAAUGAAAUCAAGAUUACUCCGUGGUUUAAACUAAUUGCAGAGACCUUUCUUUUUAAGUGGUGGGAUAACUUAUCUAACUUGAACAAAUUUGUUGAUCAUGAAAAAAUACACAGAAUGUAAAUAGCUGGGAUAAAAGAUGCUGAAGGCCGGCAGUGAUGUGCUGUCUCAUUAACACUAUGGUAACUCGUGACUCGAGUGCAGAAAAGCCAUCCACCUAGAGCAUGUUUAACAAAUAACUUUAUACUGAGAUGGUUGUAGCCAAUGUUUUUUCUUCUCUCUUCUCCUCCUCUUCCCCUCAGCCCUGUUCCUCUUGGACGAGUUAAGUUUGGUCUCAUGUAAAAUGGGUAACGGUAACGUAAGAAACUCCCUGGGUUCCUCUUUCUCCAUUUACCCGUGUGAUAGGAAAGAUCCGCAGCCUGCGUGUGCCCAGUUUGCUGUUACUUCCUUGCGUAACUACACAGUAAGUUACACAGGCGCCUCCUGCACAGCUUAUUCGGUAGAGCUGGUAUGUUCCCAACUUCACAUGACUAUGCCUUCUAAAACAUUGAUUACAAAAGAACUGAGUUCUGCGUUGAUGUUAAGAAGACUAGUUGCCUGAAGAAAAAGCCAAUUAAUUCACAGUAAUCAAGAUGAUUUUAAUUGCAGAAAGCAAAUCUCUUCAGCUACUCUAUAAUUAACCAAACACAUAAAAGCUUAAGUAAUUGGAUUGUCUGAGUUUCACUGUGUGUCAUAGCUUUAGAUAAUAAACAUUGGGGGGUCGGUUUGGGUUUUUUUCCCCACCUCCCUUUUCUGGUUAGUUGAUGACCAACUACUGGACAUCUUUCUUAAAAAAACCCCAACAAACCUAAAACAACAAAAAAACCCAAAAAGGGGUUAAUUACCCCCACACCCAACUGUAAAUGGUACCCAGCUAAUGCAGGCAGUAGUAGAAGGGAUAAGCAUUCAGUGUCUCUUCUCCACCUUGCAGAAAACAACGGCAUCUUGGUACAAGGGUUUUUUUUUCCCCCUGCAACAUCUACUGCAAUAGUUAUUCCCAGAAAACUCAAACCCCUGGAAUUCCAAAAUUCAAGACUGACAGUGUAUAGGCUUACACCAGGUCUUAACUUCACUUAAUCAGAAAUUGUACCAGAGUGCAAGAGCUAAUCCUUUUUGAUCUUGCAGUCAAUUGCUCGUAACAAGUAAGAUGAAAGGCUUUUUUUUUAAUAAGACAAAAAUCAAGGGUAUCUCAAUUUGAAUUAAAGACUUUUUUGCUCUGGAGUUUGGUGGGGUUUUUUUCCCAAAAAAAGCUUGUGAUUUCUUCUGUUAGCAGACUACUCACCCGAGAUUCUUAACUUCUCCCAGAGGCAUCUUGAUGAGAUAGGAUGUUGUUCAUGCCACUUCUGCAUGUAAAACACAGUUGUAACUCGUCUGUGUCUGGUUUCAAGGCGAAACUAAAUUUUUCCAGUGGUGAACACUUCUUUCUCGCCCCAGUUGUGACUGCAGCACUGAAGCCGUUCACCUGAGCUGAUGCACUGUCUUGAAGCAAGUACCAGUGGGCGAGGGAACAGUAACGCAGUGUAACAGCUCUCCUCAAUUCCCUGCAGCCACAUUACCUGAGUAGUGCAUUACAGUACUUUUCCGAUACUUAAAAUACUUUUAAAAUAAGAUUAUGAUUAAAAUCUCUAACCUGAAACCUUGGGCUGCUGUUUUCUUUCCAGACUUUAAGCCACAUCGAGAAUAAUCUCUGCCAUGACUACACUGCAAACACCCCCAUGACUACUGAACGCCACUGAAGCGGGAUGGUGGGGUGGCAUGGCACACGUUUCUCACAACACAGUGCUACUUUCCUGGUCGAAAUGGCCAGCGUGGAGCAAAAGCUGACAAAGCACAUCCUGAAGUAGAAAGAAUGCAUCAGGAAGCUGAAAGCAAAAUUUUGCUAAGGAGUCCUUCAAAAUCCCUUAAAAGUUUUGACAUUAAAGUUUUUUCUUGACAUUGAA